AAUAUUUGAAAUAUGGCAUGGAGCUUUGAUUUCACUCGUAAAGAUAUCAUAAUUUUCUAGAAAGCCCGCUCGUUGAAUGUGGUCCGAUUUCCCUGAUAAUCUCCAUUUUCAUGAAAGCCAUAUGUUCAUUGCUUUGGUAGCGUAUGCUCUGAAAUGCGAAAGGCGAUGGCUAAUGUCCACGGAUUUGCAUUUCAUAAACAACCGAAUUCAUCGCUGACAAUGUCCCGCUGCGGGCAAAUAUUUUUCACACAGCCGUCGCUUUGUGUUCCCAUUGCGACUUCGAAUCCAGCUGCCUGUUUGUUGCCGACGAGUUCGAAUCACGGCAGUCGUCGUGGUGCGCUGAGACUGUACGCGAGCUCUAAGGAGCAAAGCUGCCAAGUUCGCAAAAAGAGGCAAAGACUUGAUGAGAUGUGUGUACAAAGAUUUCCACAAUACUCAAGGACCAUGAUACAAUCCUGGAUACUUCGAGGUUGCCUGAUUUCUGUUGGGAUUCUAUCUUUUACAGGAAAGGUUUUAGUAGAUGGGCAAGUGGCAGGCAAGGCUGGGAUGUCUGUUUCAGAUAAGGCUUCCAUUGAAAUUACUGCUGAAGUUCCGAAAUAUGUAUGUAGAGCAGGAUACAAGUUGGAGGGAGCACUUGAGCAAUUAAAUAUUGAUGUUGCUGGAAAAGUUGCAUUAGACUCUGGUCUAUCCACAGGUGGCUUCACAGAUUGCUUACUUCAGCAUGGCGCAUCUUUUGUUUAUGGUGUUGAUGUAGGCUAUGGACAGGUAGCUGAGAAGAUUCGUACAGAUAAACGAGUCAGUGUUAUAGACAGGACAAAUUUGAGAUACCUCUCUGGUCUUCCCCAGAAAGUUGACUUGGUUACCCUUGAUCUUUCAUUCAUUUCCAUACUUUUGGCAUCAAAUGGCGACCCCGGAGUCGGAAGAUCAACUACUUGGCGGACCCUCAUCAAAGAAGAUCAAGUCAGGACAAGGACGACCUUCUCCAGUCUAGCAUCGACAAGGAUGGCCUUCUUCGGUCAAGCGUCAUCAGGAAUAACCUCUUCCAAUCCAGCAUUCCAAGGCGAGGUUAUGCCAGCAGUUGUUUCAGUAAUGAAGCAAGAAUCCGAACUAAUUACACUUAUUAAACCUCAGUUUGAAGCUCGCAGGUCUCAGGUAGGUGGAGGUGGCAUAGUAAGGGAUCUAGGAGUUCAUAAAGAGGUACUAGAAAAGAUCAUUAAGGGUGUGGAGGUGUUUGGAUUUACUACAAAAGGAUGGAUCGAGUCUCCAAUCAAAGGGGCAGAAGGAAAUGUUGAGUUUCUAGCCCACUUCCAAAGAAAUGAAGAAAAAGCUUCAUAAUAUGGAUGCAUAGAAAAUGGCAAUGUGCUCCUAUUCCUCUUGCUUCAUCAAGUAACAUUGGUUCAUAUAUGUCUCAAGUCUCGAAUGAAGCAUCACUAAAUAUGCAUUAAAUUAAAUAGUAUCAUGGAUUUAAGAGUGCAUGUUCAAAAGAAUAAUUUGAAUAUCUUCAAGAAUCCUCAUCUCAAAAAUAUCCCAUUGUAGUCUACUUGAGCUCCGGUUUUUUUUUUUUAAGGAGAAAAAUAUUUGAUUCCUUCCCCCAUGGAUUAUUCCCGAAGGGGACGCAAUUUUUUCAAUGAUUACUCUGAAAAGAGAUUCCAUGUCUUUUCCAUGCUUAUAAGAGCCUAUUGUUUUGCCAAAAUUUACUACCAUUAUAACAGAUUAUAAGAGCUCAUUCAAUUCUACCUCACUAUGUAUAGAUUUGCGUGACAAUAGGACAUUGUAUGGGAAUAUGGUGUAUAGUCUAUUUAAAGAAAAUAUUUGUUAAAUCUCUUAUUUGAAAAUUAAUAUUAGUAAAUAUUUUUUA